AAUUUACUUCCGGGUUUGGGAGUGCUGACUUGGCUGGUUGCAAGGUUUCCCUUAGGUUGUGCAAUUAAUUGGUCGCUUAUAAAAUGAUCUAGGAUUGCAGUGCAAUCAAAUUCGGAAUGAUCAAGCCAUAGAGAAGAAGUAAAACCCUCCUAAUUCCACAAAGACACCUUGCUUUAAAACUUCAAAAUGCCAAGAGGAAUGCGAGGCCGAGGACGGGGAGGGCGUGGCCGCGGCCGCGGUAGGGGUGGUCGUGGAAACUAUGGGGCUACCUCCUCUGUCCCAACAACCCCCUCAAAUCAGAAGAACGAGGACUUGGACAUCAACAAAGAUGUCAAAGGUUUUUUCGUUGGGACUGCCAGCCCCGAGCUUCAUUAUGAGGCCCAGGAAGAGAACAGGUUCCGAUACGCUGCAGCUAUGUGCCUGAUGGAUGAACUUGGCAUUGAAAUGUCACAGAAUGCCCGAGUGCGAGCUCUGGCUGCAGCCAUCGCAAGAAGUGACAAAGAACUCAUCAACAGCUUUCUGUCCAACACAGAAAGCUUUGGUUUUGUUGAGGUGCUGAAGGCAAUGCAGCUGUUGGAUUCCGCUCGACAGAUUCGUUUCUAUGAGAAGAAGAUGAAGCGUCUUCAGAUGCAGAGUGGCAAAGUGAAAGCAAAGACUCUUGGAACACUCAAGUCGAAUAUUGAUAACUUGAAUGCCAACAAACCUAAGAAUGGGUCUGCAAGUGGUGCUUCCUGCAAGUACAUCAGGGAAUGGGCACGCCGCUUGUCAAAAGAGAACCUUGAAUUCUUUGCCCUUCACAUGCCGACAGAGCCCUGGAAGAAGUUAGCUGACAUCGUCCAUUUCAAUUCCAAGGAAGAUUUCCCCAAUCUGCCUUGGUUUUUGCCAUAUUGCUUCGGGGUGCCAGCACCGGAGGACUCCGUUGUUCACAAGUGCAAAGUUCUAAACCAGGAAAAUGUCAGUGAGCUUGUCCUAAACGUUGAUAUCCCAUUCAGUCAUAUCAAGCAAUACAAGGAUAAACUCACGCCAGAGGCUAAGGUGGCCAUUGUAAAAAGUACAAAGAAGCUGGACACAAUAAUUUGGAACUAUGAGGACUUGAUGUGCCCCCCUGUGGACCAAGUGAUUGCCUCCCGUUUAGCUACUGGAGAGUCGAUGCAACUUCCCUAUGGUAAACUGAUGGAGCGUCUUCUAACGAUGAAGAUGUAUCGGGAGACCACAUGUGGAGGUAGAUAUGACGAUAGUGGUGAACCGGAACCACCUGUGACGAGUAUUGAUGAAACGAAGGCUCCCUUCUAUAAAGACCUGGUGGCUGUUGCGGAGAAGAAAUUGAAAGAACUGAGUCUGCCCCUUGAGCCACCAAUCCUAGUCAUCGGGGACAUGUCUAGCUCCAUGGAUGUUGCCAUUCGCACUGCGACAAUCAUAUCUAGUCUUCUAACUGCCAUCACAUCCGCGAAGUUGGUGUUCUUCAAUCACACGAAUAUGGAUGCACCAAAGGCACCAUCUAAUGUUGAGGAGGUCCUGCAGAUGGCAGUUGACAUCCAGGCAUCUGGCAGCACAGCCCCAGCAGCAAGUCUCUGGCCCAUCUAUGAGAGCAAGACAGUAUACAAGACCAUCCUGAUGGUCACAGAUGAGGAGGAGAACACGGCCUGCCCGAAUGGAGACAGAUGGACACCACUGUUCAAGAAGUACCAUGCUGAGGUCUACCCAGCCAAAAUGGUGUUCGUCUCAUUCCUGAGUAGUCAGCACUCUUCGGGGUAUAUGGUGGAUGAGAUGAGGAGAAGUGGAUUCAAUCCAAUUCAGUUCAAAUUGGAUGGCAAAAGGCCUGAUUUGACUAAGUUGGACACACUAUUUGGACUUUUGUCGGCUGAUACGAAAUCAUUCGAAGACCAGCUUGCCAGCAAGUUGAAGGAAUUGGAGACUGAAGGACUAAUGGAAUCCUUCCAAAAACUCUCUGUCAAAAAUACGCUGAAGUAAUGAAUCGGGCUUUUCUACUACAGUAUACGUAGAUUCAUGCACUUGAUCAGGAAAGUUUCUUCUCUUGUAACAUAGUUCACUUGCAAUAUUAUUUGUUGUUGUAACACUAUUUAGAUAUACACUAUCAGUACAUAGCGUACAAUUUUAUUGUUAAUUUUUAUAGGAAGACUGUUUAUUUUUAUCUUAAACAUGCAGAUUAAGUUGUAGAGGUUGUUCUUACCUUUCUCAAUGAAGAAUGAAAUGACUGUGUUAGGGUGUUGUAUAACAAUGGCACCCUCUUUAACAAUUUUCAGGGUACUGGAGAUUAUAUUUGUAUUCAGGUUUUUGUUGAAACAAUUAAUAUAUCCUGAUGAGGAGUUACAAUUGCUUGGGUUCUGUAAAAACUUUUGUAAGAAGCAAUUUUUCCCGAUAACGCAGUUUCGACUGUAUACAUAAACUGUAUGAAUAACGCUGUGAUAAUUUGUAUGCUACAUAAGUCUACAAGGUCGGUCACUGUUUUAUGCAGUGAUUCUCAAUAUUUUGCAACCAAAUAAACUUGAUAUUGC